GCAUUUACACGAAACACAGAAAUACCAAUAAAGGAUAACUAUUAUAGGCAGUUGUUAUCUUAAAGCACUUAUUGAUAACGCGUUAGCUUAUUGUUUAUUUUAUACUUUUACACGUAGAUAUUAGAUCGUCCUGGAAAAUCGACUGGAUAUUUGAUUAAGACGAAUUUUGAUAUAAUAAGUCAGAAAAUGGCAGACCAGGUCCCAGGACGACGAAGACAGCUAAGUCACGACGUGGCGGUUUCAGAAGAGGCGAUGAACGAGGCCAAAAAGGCACAAGAACACCUUAACAGCUUCUUCAAGAAAGUGUCUGAGCAAGGGAUUAUACCUGUGACUGGAUUUGAGCAAGAAGAAAAAAUAAACAAGAAGUUAAUUGAACAGCUCAAACAGGACAUCGGUAAGUUUGAAAAGGGAUGGAAUGAAGCAGAAAUACAACUUCAGGAAAAAAACAAAGCAUUUGUAGAUCUAUUGGAGAUAAGAAAUUACCAUCUUCAACAUAUUUCUACACUGGAAAAUGCUGUAAAGAAGUUUCAACAAGACAUUGAGGAUAGAGAUAGAACUAUAAUAUCACUGGGAAAUGAUUUGCAGAGCCUCUCCAAAGAACAUUACGAUUUGAAAAGCAGAUUUAGCAAAGUAGCAGACCACAUGCUUCCUGAUCAAAACCCAGAUAUCGCUGAUCUUAGUGAUCCUAACAGAGCCAUGAAGUUGUCUGACAAGUUUGGGGCUUUGUAUGAUGAUGCAUGGACAGAUGCGUUUGAAGACCUUACCGACAAACAGAAACAGAAACCAAAUGAGGCCAUACAAUUUCUUUUGGAAAGCUUGAAGGAAUGUUGGGGUAUGUGUAAGAAAGAGGCUGAAAAAUGGAUGAACUCUCUGCAGAGUGUAUUUCUUCAUCCUGUACAGGACAUAGACGCCAUCAGUAAAAUGCAAGGAGGAAAACCAGCUGUGCGGCUUGGGUCAAAAGACCAGCGUGUCAUCAGAGAUGCAUGUCGAAAGAUUGCACCAACGGUUGGGGUAGUGGUGAAUCAGUGUUUCAUAAUGAAAAUGAAGAAAAAACAGAAGUUGAGUGAUGAUUGCUUGAAAUACCUCGAAGGAUGUGUUGAUGUUUGUUGGCUAAUGGCGUUAGCUGAACCUCCCCUCUAUAUAGAUUUCAAUAUUAAAAAAGGCGACAAAUUUGACCCAAAUCGACAUACUGCAUACUCCGAAUCGGGAGAAACAGUGGAGUUUCUGGUCUGGCCACCACUGUACAACGCUGAAGAAGGGGGCGGGAUGCUUUCUAAGGGAACUGUUUCAACUGAGAGAAAAGUAGGAAGGCCUCCUAAAAAAUAAUUGUUAUAUAGCUUUAUUUGAUCACUGGUAUAUGCAUUGUUUGUAAAAAUAAACAUGAUCCAGUUUAUUGAUUUGUUCAGAAUCAUGUUUGUAUUUGAAGGUAUAUGAACUAUAGUUAAAUAUAUUUAUCUUUCCCGAAAUGUAAAAGGACUUAAGUUUUGUACUUGUAUGACUGUGGAAACCUUUUUUGAGAAUGUAACUUCAUCAAUUAUCAGGAAAGCAUCACUGACGUGCAGCUUCCUUUAAUAUAACAUCAUUUAUUUAUUUACCAAGCUUUUGUACUAAUAAGCUUUUCAGUAUUGAUUGUAAUGUUGGUACAUGUAUGUUUUAUCCUUGAUGUUUAAAGCAACACAAAAUAAGUGAAUUUA